CAAGAGAUGAUGUGGUCUCUCCCUGCAGGUGUGUCCAGGCCACCACAGCACCAUGGACCAAACACCCAUCAUCUGUGACUACGGUUCUGGCUUCAGCAAGGUGGGCUUUGCAGGAACCGAGGCCCCUCUGUCUGUCUUCCCCACCAUCAUCGGGAAACUGAAACAUAACAACCUGCUGGUGGGGACGGAAGAAGAAGACUGUUUCAUUGGAGCUGAGGCCCAAAAUAAUCUGGUACAGCUGAACCUGAACCACCCCAUCACCCGGGGAGCCAUCGCCAACUGGGAUAAUGUGGAGAAGAUUUGGCAUCACUCUUUCUACCAGGCCCUCCACAUCUCCCCCGAGCAGCACCCUGUAAUGAUAACAGAGCCACCGUUGAACAGCAAGGAUGUUAAAUCAAGAAUGACACAGAUCCUCUUUGAAACCUUCAACGUCCCUGCCCUGUACAUGGCUAACCAAGGGGUCCUCUCCAUGUACGCUGCUGGCAGAACCUCUGGGACAACUAUUGAAUCUGGAGAAGGGAUGACAUACAUCGUGCCUAUUAUGAAUGGCUAUCCUUUGCAACUGUCGACCAUCAAGCUGGAUGUAGCUGGCCAAGACCUGACUUCGUAUCUCCUGAAACUGCUCUCAGACAGUGGGAACUUGUUAGUGGGUGCAGCUGACCGUGAGUACAUCCGGGACCUGAAAGAGAAACACUGCUAUGUGGCACUGGACUAUGACAUGGAAAUAUCAAAAACCACAACACCCUCCUGCCAGAAAAAGUUCAAGUUGCCUGAUGGCAAGGAGGUCAACAUGGGGCAGGAGGCUUUCAUGUGCUCAGAGGCACUCUUCAACACCAGCCUCAUUGGGAAAAGCAACCUGGGGAUCCACAUUCAGGCCCAGGAGAGCAUCACAUCCUGCGACCGCUCCUACUGGAAAACUCUUUUUAGUCACAUCAUGGUGUCUGGCGGCACCGGUGCCUCCUCAGGUCUACGACUCCGGCUGCAGAGAGAGAUAACAAAUCUGGCCUCUCCAGACCUCUGUGUGAAGGUGGCCAUCUCUCCAUAUGCCAAGUACGGUGCCUGGGUAGGUGCCUCCAUCUUGUGCUCUCUCCCUAUGUUCAAGGACAUGUGGGUCACAAGUCAGGAAUAUAGGGAAAUUGGCCCUUCCGUCAUGUGUAGAAGAAACCUCUGACUGGUGACUUUCAGGUUCCAUCACCCGGGCCAACAUCACCAUGCCCAGGCUGAGCCUCAGCCUAACUGAGCAGGCCACAGUUAGAACAAGCUUACAGCAAGGCCCCUUUUCUCCUGGAAGACAGUAAAAGUGUGUAACAGGA